UCACUUUCCGACGCCGCACGCGAGACGAGGCUCCCGUUGCCAUGGUGACCUCCGCCGCGCCGCGCCUGAUGCUGUCGGGCCUCUCCGCAGGCCGCGCUCUCCCCUUCCCGGCCCUGCUGCUCUCCGCGCGGCGAUGGCUCAGCCGAGGCGGAGCCCCGAGGCCUCCUGGCGCGGAGGAGGCGGCGAGCGCGGCGGACCUGUUGCGGGACGCGGCGGGGGAGGCGGUGGAGGAGGAGGCGACGAGGUCGGGGCCUGGCGGGAAGGCGCGCCGGGCUCCCGAGGAUGCUUCGGUGCUGCUCUUCCCCGGCCAAGGCAGCCAGUUCGUGGGGAUGGGCCGCGGCCUCCUGCGCUACCCGAACGUGCGGGAGCUGUACCGCGUGGCCGAGGGCGUCCUGGGCUACGACCUGCUCGGCCUCUGCUGCGAAGGGCCCGGCGCCGAGCUGCAGCGCACCGUGCACAGCCAGCCCGCCGUCUUCGUCAGCUCCCUGGCCGCCGUGGAGAAGCUCCACCAGGAGCAGCCCAGGGUAGUGGAGAACUGUGUGGUAGCUGCUGGAUUCAGCAUUGGAGAAUAUGCAGCCCUUGUUUUUGCAGGAGCCAUGGACUAUGCAGAAGCCUUAUAUGCAGUGAAGGUGCGUGCUGAAGCCAUGCAGGAGGCAUCGGAAGCUGUCCCAAGUGGAAUGUUAUCUGUUAUUGGCCGGCAUAAUUCAAAUUAUGUCACUGCUUGCUUGGAAGCUCGUGAAUAUUGCAAGUCAUUGGGCAUUGAAAAUCCUGUAUGUGAAGUUUCAAACUACUUGUUUCCAGACAGCAGAGUCAUUGGAGGACAUUUGCAGGCUUUGGAGUUUUUGCAGCAAAAUUCGAAAAAAUACUCAUUUGCAAGAGUGAAAAUGCUGCCAGUCAGUGGUGCUUUUCAUACGCAACUUAUGGAACCAGCAGUGGGACCUUUGUCUGAAGCCCUCAACUCAGUUAAUAUUCAGAAGCCUCUCAUCCCUGUCUAUUCAAAUGUGGAACACCGGAGAUACACUGAACCGAAACAGAUCCGGCGCUUGUUAGUGAAGCAAUUGGUUUCUCCAGUGAAAUGGGAGCAGACGAUGCAUGCCAUCUACGAAAGGAAAAAAGGAGUAGGAUUUCCUUAUACUUAUGAAGUGGGGCCUGGGAAACAGCUAGGAACAAUCCUCAAAUGCUGCAAUUUGAAGGCCUGGAAGUUCUAUAAACAUAUUGACGUUUCAGAAGAUGAAAAAGCAUAGAGAUGUCUGUAGGAAAAGUUUUCAUUUUAAAUGGAUUUAUUAUUAGGUAAAAAUGAAAUCAUGCAAUCCCUGGAGGAAGACACAACAUUGGAGAGGGAGAUGUAUACCGUUGUGCCAUUGCUAUCUCCCUACACAACUAGCACAGAAGAAUUGCUUGUAACCUCAGAGGCCACUCCGGGUCUCACUUCUUCAGACAAACAGAUUUGAUUAUGACUCAUCAAUUACUUUGCUACAAACUUUUUAAAGAAUUGCUUUAUAUAAGCCUGAUCAAUAGUACCUGCAUUGGCCAAAGAAUCGUGGUGACUUAAGCUCAGUGUCUUGCUUUAACUUUUAAGAAUCAGUGAAAUAAUAAUAAAGUUAAAAUGUUCUUCUUAGUUUUACAUAUCAUUUAUUGUGGGUGGGAGAUCUGCAUUUGGUAUAUAAUUGGUAACUGUAACUCACCCCACUGAGAUAAUAUAUUGGAUGCAGUGAUUGUGUGACCCAUUGUAUGCUAUCUAUGCAUAAUAUCCCAUUAGUGUUUUAGAAUACUCAGACUCACACUAUUAAGCUCCCCAUUUUGCAAAAUACCUCAUCAGUUUUCCUUCUGGACAUGAGUAAAAUUAUAAAUUGGGGCCACAGGUUUUUGGAGAGUUGGGUCUUGCUGACUGUAUAUAGAAAAGGCUCUGCUAAAGACAACUGAGUGGUACUCAGAAUAGACCCAUUAAAAUUAAGGGGCUGAAGUUAGCCGUGCCUUUUAAUUUCAGUGGAUCUAGUAGGAACAUGAGCUGCUUUUAUGUAGCUGGUAACAGCAUUAGUGUUUAAGAUAAGAGUCAGGAGUUUUUCUUGUUCAGAAGGUGUCAAGAAAGAAAAGCUGGGAAAUGUUUCAUGGCAUCCCAGGCCACUCUCAACUUACACGGGGGUUGUGUUCUACGGAGAACAGCUAUAGCCAAAAUCACAUACAGUAUAGUCAAAGCACGUUGGGUUCAACAGCAGGUGAGAUUGCCAAAAAAAAUUCCCUCAGAUGCCCACCACCUUUUUAAAUUAUUUUUUUUAACCAAGUGCGUAAAGCUGAUUGUGCAAAGUUAAGCGUGUGUAAAUUGCAAGUUACCUGUAUUCUUGCUAACAGCAUUCCAAUAUAUGUUUGCUUUUCAGUCAAAAGCAGUCCCGAGAAAAGACAGGACUACAGGCAAAACACAGGAUAUUGGUCCCAUGAUUAUAUCAUAAGGAUGCUGCAUAAAAAGCGAGUGAAGAAAAUGUUACCAUCCCACAUUGAACACUUGAUGUGGAAGCACUCCUAACAGUGGAUGGAUUUUUAGAUACGGUGGUGCUAUGGGUUAAACCACAGAGCCUAGGGCUUGCUGAUCAGAAGGUCGGCGGUUCGAAUCCCUGCAACAGGGUGAGCUCCCAUUGCUCGGUCCCAGCUCCUGCCAACCUAGCAGUUCGAAAGCACACCAAAGUACAAGUAGAUAAAUAGGGACCGCUCCGGCGGAAAGGUAAACGGCAUUUCCGUGCGCUGCUCUGGUUCGCCAGAAGCAGCUUUGUCAUGCUGGCCACAUGACCCGGAAGGUGUCUGCGGACAACGCCAGCUCCCUCGGCUUAUAGAGCGAGAUGAGCGCCGUAACCCUAGAGUUGGACACGACUGGACCUGAUGGUCAGGGGCCCCUUUACCUUUAUUCUUUCUAGAAUCACCUUAGGUAGUCUUCUGCCAGAGGAUGGCAGCAGUGUCUAAAUCAUUUCUUACAGCUGAGAUAGGUAAAAAAAAAUCCUGUUUUCUUUUGUAGCAAAUAUGUAAGCGUGCUUUUUGUUUGUGCGACACCUGUGGGAUGAAAUAAAUCUGUGUGCAAAAGCACUGAACUGCAAUAAAAAAGUUAGUUCCUGGAUCUUCCUCGUGUCAAGUCAGUGAGUUAGAGACUGAAAGAUAAACUACAUCUUCCAGAGUAAAUUAUAUUUUUUGAAACGUGGGGAUUUCAGUUCUAAUAAAACCAGUGCAUUGUGUCAAUGUGGUUUCUUGAUUCUUGGCUAUUAAACAACAACAAACCACUUCUAGAUAUGAAAA